AUGGCUUCAUUCGAGUAUUCUCGCCUCAAUUUGGAGCGGCCGUCGUUCCGUCUCCUCAGACUCGUCGCCGGCCAUGGCCCAACAAUCGAAUGCGAAAUAUUCCAAUCCUUCGUCGCCACCGCCGGGGGAAUCCCGUACGAAGCGCUGUCCUACACUUGGGGCGGCAACGAUAAGCCCGAGACCAUCGUUGCCAACGGGAGGAGGCUAGCCGUGACCAUCAACCUCUACCAAGCCCUCAACCACCUACGAUUACCACACUGCGACCGAAUACUUUGGAUUGACGCACUAUGCAUCGAUCAAGAAAACUCGCGAGAACGAAACCAUCAGGUCAGCCAGAUGACAGACAUCUACAAAAACGCCGAUUUUGUCAUCUAUUGGCUGGGACAACCUACGUACGCCACCAAUGUAGCACUCGAUUCGCUCAAAACCCUAGAGACGCUGUCUGCGUCCGUCGCGUGUAGGGAUUGGACCACAACGGACGGGAGAUGGCAAUGGCUUUGGUCGACCUGCCAGUCGCGACUGGCCAAAAAAUACCCUGAUCUGAUCCAGAACCAGCGAAAGGGGCUACAGGAUCUUCUGGAGCGGCCCUGGUUUGAAAGAGUCUGGAUCAUACAGGAAGUGGCCAAUUCAAGAAGGGGCGUUGUGUGCUGUGGUGCCAAAUCCGUCUCUGCUCGUAUCUUCGCUCUCUCAUGCUACCUCUUUGCCUUCAAGCCUUCCAACCAAGCACAGGCUAUUCUCGACAUCAUGCCAUCCCACCCAGGCCGAGACUCAUUGCGAGGCCAGAAGCAUGAUCUGUACACCCUCUUGUGCAUGUUCCAUUCCAGCAAGGCGCAGGACCCAAGGGACAUGGUGUACGCCCUGCUGGGUAUUGCCUCGGACCCGAAUCUCAGGGAGUUGUUGAAGCCCGACUACGAGAAAACGGAGCGAGAUGUGAUUAGGGGCUGCGUUGCAUACUUUUGCAAACUGGAUAUCGAAAACUUGCCUGAUUUCACCGCGGGCUACUGGAAUGGGAUGAUCGAUGAUGAGACCAUGCACGGAUUCCUCAAGUGUAUUUAUUCAUUGUAUGUGGCUGCUAUGGACCAGCAUCUGAGGGCACCUAUUGAAGACGACACGGAAAAAUUCAUUAUUAACAAGGGCCAUCAUGUCCGUAUUACGAACGAGAUGCUGGUCCAAUGCGGUAAACUCGGAGUAGAGUCAUCAAACAUGCUGGAGCUACUCAUAAAGAGCCAUGCAAGUCAGGCCAUGCUCGAAAACGCCGCAAGGAACUGGCAGAACCUAGAAUGGCUUGAUCUCCUUCUCCGCAUUGAGCCGGACCGCGUCAUAGACCCAGAGCCGAUCCUCAUAGCGGCAACGAAGAAUCCCAAGUCUAAGCAGGUUUUGUGUCGGAUUAUAGAGGCGCGCAGGGAUGUAUCGCGCCUCACCACCGCGGUUCUAAAUGCUGCGGCAGGUGCACCUUAUCCAGACACCGCACUGCUUGCUUUAUCCAGUAUGUUCGUAGACGAGUUUACCGUCACGGAGGAUAUGAUUUUGAUUUUGGAGGAAAACGGUUCGCCGCGAAGCCACACGGCUUUGAAGCAGAUCGCACAUCAUCCAAGCGUCUCGCCAGAUUUGAAACUGCUCAUCGUGGAUGUUGCUAAACGGAAGUUUCGAAAGGAAGGCACUGAAAUCAAUUACGAAGACACAAUGGCUGUUUAG